ACAACAAAAGAGAAUCUCGCGCCUGCGCAGUGGUGCUAGACGACGUCAGUCACUACAUUCCGUGUAAUGUAAUUCAUUCCGUGAAAACAGCCCCAGUUUGAGAUUUAAUUUCAUACACGUAAUUUACCUAAGUUCUGCAAUUUUCAAAAAACAAAUACAGUGGGCUGUCGCGUAAACACCCAGCAGUUUGAUGCUCAAAGAUAUUCAGUGAAGAUCACGGUUAUAUAUAUACGUGUUGCAGCAGUCGAGUUGCCAGCGACUCACUGGAGUGAAGUGGAACCAGAGUGAAACACGAGUUACAGAAAACGGAGAAAAACAGAUCUGCAGCAAUACAGUCAGUCUCUGAGUCUGCUUGUUUGGGUCAGGAGUGAUAACGUGGCACAAAUCUCGCCAAAAUGGAGUUUGCAGCGAUCUUUGCACUAUCACUCCUGAUAGGCGCGCUGGUUUUGUUAGUGGUCGUGGCUGUUGGCAGACAGAAAGACGAAUUAUCUGAGCAGAACGAACAGAAGAAAGACAACAAUCCACCGGUUGAGGAAAAUGCAGCGAAAACUUCUUCCAAAAAGCAGAAGCAGCAACAGCGCCCCCGUAAGGAGAAACCGCAGCAGCACACGUUCACACACAAGCUUCUGGCUUCCUCUCUGAAGAAUCACAGUGGCAGUGUCACUUGCCUGGAUUUUAGUAGCAAUGGCAAAUACCUUGCGUCUUGCUCUGACGACCGUACCAUCAGGAUCUGGAGCACUAAAGACUUCCUGGAACGAGAUCACAAGUGCUUGCGAGCCAAUGUUGAGUUUGAUCAUGCCACACUCGUCCGUUUCAGCCCAGACUCUCGAGCAUUUAUCACUUGGCUGGCUAAUGGAGAGACCAUUCGCAUCUAUAAGAUGAUUAAAAAGGAUGAUGGGACAUUCAGUUUCAAAGCUGCCUCAGAGGAUUUCCCUCAAAAACACAAGGGAAUCGUUAUCAACAUCGGAAUCGCCGAGACGGGCAAAUUUAUAAUGACUGCAUCUGUUGACACUACCAUUGUGAUCUGGGAUCUGAAGGGAGAGGUUUUAGCUACUAUAAACACUAAUCAGAUGACCAACUCGCAUGUUGCUGUGUCACCGUGUGGAAGGUUUGUUGCUUCCUGUGGCUUUACCCCUGAUGUGAAGGUGUGGGAGGUUUGCUUUGCUAAAUCAGGGGAGUUCAAAGAGGUCGCCCGUGCGUUUGACCUUAAGGGACACUCAGCUGGGGUUUACUCCUUUGAUUUCUCUAAUGACUCUCGGAGAAUGGUGACUGUGUCCAAAGACGGCACGUGGAAGCUGUGGGACACUGAUGUGGAAUAUAAGAAAAAGCAGGACCCAUAUUUGCUCCGGACCGUGCCAUGUCAGGUGUCGGAGGGGAGCCGGAUUGCCCUGUCUCCCGACGGUCGUGUGGUAGCCAUAUCAAACGGUUGUGAUAUAGCCAUGUUCAAUGCCAGCACUGGUGAACUAGAGGAGGAGUUUCACGGUGUUCACAGUGAAGAGAUAACCGACCUUAAGUUUGACAUCAAUAACCGUUUCUUAGUGAGUAGUGGGGACCGUGCCAUUCACGUCUUUCACAAUGUAACCGGUUACCGUGCUGCCAUCCAGGACAUGCAGACCAUGCUGAAGAAAGCCUCCAACGAUGGAGUGAGACAGAGACUCCAGCAGCAGAUCACAGAUGCUCAGAAUGCUCUGGACACAGUGCUGAAUGCAACUAAGAACUAAAAGCGGAGUAAUUUUCACUCGAAAGCUAAUCUGUUUUUGGUUGCUUUGCAUGCCGGUUUUAUUGAAUAAAUCGGGUGUUUUUAA